AUAAAAGUAGCCAACCCAUUAACCAGUAUUCAACAAAAAAACAAAAAAAUCCCAAACACCCAAAAAAGCCCUCUCCCUCUCUAGAAUUUUCCCAAUCUCCCUGUCUCUGUCUUUUCUGAAAUAAAAAAAAUCCCCAGAUUGUCUUCCGAUUUCCAAUUAUACCCCUUAAAAUCUUGAAACUCCGGCGAUAAAUCCUUGUUCCGAUCUCGAUCCCGAUCUUAUUGCUUCCUGCUUCUGGGCAAACGGGGAUUAAAAAGAAAAAGAAAAACAGAAGAGGGAUCGGAAAAAGAAAGGAAUUCGCAUGAGCUGGUUGGUACAUCUGGGUUUUUCUUCUUUGUAUUCACUGAAUUCUUCCAAUCAUUUCACGACGUGUCUUUUAAUUUUUGUUCUUCAUUGCUCCCCUCAGUUACCUCCAUCGUUAUUCAAACUUGAGAAAAAACCCACUGAACCUUUAUUAUUAUUUAUUAGUAAUUCUAAUCAUAAUCCUCUCUUAAAUCUCAAUCCUUAUCCUAAUCGUAAUUCCGACAAGUCGUUAAUCCAUGGAGUCUGCAAACAAGAAUAAUCGUCAAUUGAGCAGGGGUCUUUGCUAUUCGAAUGGGGCGAGGAGGCAAGCGCGGUCACCAUCUGUGAUCGUGAUUGGUGCUGGAAUGGCCGGAAUUGCAGCUGCACAUGCUCUCCAUGAAGCCUCAUUUCAGGUUGUGGUGUUAGAAUCCAGGGAUAGAAUUGGUGGUCGAGUUCAUACCAAUUACUCAUUUGGUUUUCCUGUUGACCUUGGUGCUUCAUGGUUGCAUGGAGUUUCCAAAGAAAAUCCCUUGGCACCACUGAUCAGUAGACUUGGACUCCCGCUUUACCGGACUAGCGGUGAUAACUCUGUGCUGUAUGACCAUGACCUGGAGAGCUAUGCACUCUUUGAUAUGGAUGGACACCAAGUUCCACAGGAGUUGGUCACCAAGGUUGGAGAAGCAUUUGAGUGCAUUUUGAAAGAGACAGAUAAAGUGAGAAAAGAGCACAGUGAAGAUAUGUCUAUAAGUCGUGCUUUCUCAAUUGUUUUUGAAAGAAGACCAGAAUUAAGGUUGGAAGGGCUUGCACAUAAGGUACUCCAGUGGUACUUAUGCCGAAUGGAAGGUUGGUUUGCUUCAGAUGCUGAUACUAUCUCACUUAAAAGCUGGGACCAGGAAGAGCUGUUACCUGGUGGUCAUGGACUCAUGGUCAGGGGCUAUCUUCCUGUGAUAAACACUCUCGCCAAAGGUCUUGACAUCCGCUUGAGCCACAGGGUUACAAAAAUAAUGAGGCGCUACAAUGGAGUGAAGGUUACUGUGGAAGAUGGAACUACAUUUGUGGCAGAUGCUGUUAUCAUUGCUGUUCCUCUAGGUGUACUAAAAGCCAAGAGCAUCAUGUUCGAACCAAGGCUUCCAGAGUGGAAGGAAGCAGCCAUUGAUGACCUUGGAGUGGGGAUUGAGAAUAAAAUAGUGUUGCACUUUGACAAGGUGUUUUGGCCUAAUGUGGAGUUUUUGGGAGUUGUUGCUGAGACAACUUAUGAUUGCAGCUACUUUCUAAACCUUCACAAGGCCACGGGUCAUUCUGUCCUUGUGUAUAUGCCUGCUGGGCAGCUGGCCAGAGACAUUGAGAAAAUGUCUGAUGAAGCUGCUGCAGAUUUUGCUUUUAUGCAACUGAGGAAGAUCCUUCCAGAGGCAUCUGCCCCGAUUCAGUAUCUUGUUUCUCGAUGGGGCACAGACAUCAAUACACUUGGCUCCUAUAGCUUUGAUGCAGUAGGCAAGCCCCAUGAUCUGUAUGAGAGGCUAAGGAUUCCAGUGGAUAACCUAUUCUUUGCAGGGGAGGCAACCAGUAUGAGCUACCCAGGGUCCAUUCAUGGUGCAUUUUCAACCGGACAGAUGGCUGCUGAGGACUGUAGGAUGCGUGUACUGGAGCGAUACGGAGAGUUGGACUUGUUCCAGCCAGUCAUGGGCGAGGAAGCAUCAUUGUCUGUCCCGCUUUUAAUCUCCCGCUUGUAAUAACCUGUCUCCCUGCGCAUUGGUUCAAAAGUAUGCAUUUGUGGAUACGUUGGUGUAGGAUCUGAUUAACACAUUAAUUCCAACUCCAUUGACGUUUCCAGAGAAGUUGUGGAAAACCCACUUUUCUCUGGUGAAUAUCAAGAGCAUUGGUAUGAUGUGUUAAGUAUUCAUAUAUCCGGACAAGCAUAACUAGUAUGGUAAUCUUAAUCUAUUCGAGUCUAGUAGUAUUUAAUUAAGCAGUUGAGCAGGCGCAGGGGCAUGCCUUUGUCAAACUAUGUUUUAAAUAUGAAUGUUGCGAGUUUAGGUGCAUCCACUACGUGAGUGGGAAGGACACUGAACAAAACGGUGAUAUAAUUUUAGUUAAUAAAGAAAGAAUUGCUUUCUGAUUAUUCUUUCUUUCAAUUUUUUUUUUUUUUUUGGUGUGUCUCUAUGAUCUUGUCUUAGGUUAGGUAAUUAGGACUGGAGAGGGUGAGAAAUCUUAAAUGAAUCUUUCAUAAUUCUCUUUUACCACUUUUAGAAAUAGUUUAACAUAAACAACAGAUAGGAUAAGAUUAGAUUCGAUGAUAUUCAAUUAUUCACCCAGUCUAUUACAAUUCUUUUUAGAACAACAUUCUUUUUAUCUAUUUGAAGCAAAUCAAGAUGAAGUGCUAUAGUUAUGAUAGAAGAUACUGUCCAUAGACAAUCAUCACGGAAUUUUGGUAUGCUUUAAGCAUAAAAGAUAUUCAAUUCC